CUAUAAUAUAAUAAUCAUAAUUAAUAUAAUAAUAAAAGUGAUAAAUCAUGUUUGAAUUUUUUGAUCUGAUCUGAUCUGAUCUGAAUGUUUCUGAUCUGAUCUGAAUGUUUCUGAUCUGGUCUGAUCUGGUCUGAAUCUUUCUGAUCUGAUCUGAAUGUUGCUGAUCUGAUCUGAAUCUUUCUGAUCUGAUCUGAAUGUUUCUGAUCUGAUCUGAUCUGAUCUGAAUCUUUCUGAUCUGAUCUGAUCUGAUCUGAAUAAAAUAAGAUUAAGGAAUAAGUAAUAAGAUUAAGACGAACGGAACAGCUUCUAAAGGGUCAAAUAUGUCCUUGUAACCGUUUCAAAUUGCUCAAUUUGCCCCCUGAACCCAAAAAUACUUCAAUUUGCAGCCUGAACUCGAUAAAAUGAUCCAAAUUUCAGUUUUUGCAGGUUUGAAUCCGGUCACCCGGUAGGGUGCCAACUGUGCAUGUGACGUGGCAACUUAAGGGGUCAAAUAAACCCCUGAACUCGACUGAAUUGCUCAAUUUACCCCCUCAACCCUAAAAAAGGUCAAAAUUUUCAAAAAAAUAAAAUAAUAAAAAAAAUAAAAAUAAAUAAUAAUAAUAAAUAAUAAAUAAAAUUAUAAAUAAAAUACAUGUCAGAAAUAUAAAAUAUAUUAAUUUGAAAUAUUUAUCAUUAAGGGUAAUUCUUUAACUUUAUUUCCAUAUUUUAUAACUACUACUUAUAUUUUAUAUAAGAAAUAAACAGUGUAUUUUUACCAUCUAUUUUAAAAUUUUAUUUUAUGUAUAAUAUCUAAUGGUUUGUAAUAUAACACAAAUUUUAGGUUUUGGUUGAUAAUUUAUACAAAGCAUUAUGUUUAAAUUAUCCAUUUGUAGUUUUUCAUUUCAUAUUUUUUAAUUUAUCUAAAAAUAUACUAAAAGUAUAUAACAAUUUUUAUGUAACUACUUUUAAUUUUACGAAGUUACUAAUUACACUUGUUUAUAUCUAUAGAAAUAAGAAUUAAAAUAUAAAAAUAUUAACUACAUGUUCAUGUUAUUUAUUUUAAAUAUAUUGAAGUCUUUUUUACGUAUUGUAGAUAAGAAUUAAUUUCUUUUAGUUUAUAUAUUAUUUCAGAAUUUCUUUCUUUUGAAUUUACCAAAAAUAUAAAUAUUUCAUAUUUGUAUUUUAUAUUUUCGAUUAAUUUUUUUAUUCUAUUUUUAUUUUCCUUAUUUAUUUCUAUUUUUCGUAAUUUGACUUUUUUUUUUAGUUGAGGGGGUGAAUUGAACGAUUUAAUUAGGUUCAGGGGCUUAUUUGACCACGUCACAUGCCCAGUUGGAUCCCUACGUGGUGACGUGGUGAUCGGAUUGUAACUUGCAAAAAGUGAAAGUUGGAUCUUUUUAUUGAGUUUAGGGUGCCAAUUGAACCUUUUUUGGGUUCGGGGAGUAAAUUGAGCAAUCCAGAAGGGUACUUGAGCCUAUUUGACCCUUUAGCCCACAAAAAUUACAAUUGUCCAACUAUGAACUAUAUAACAAAAAAUGGGCACGCGUGUGGCAUGGAAUAAGAUAAGUGUGGCUUGAGUAAGAAUAAGUGUGGCGUGGGUAGAAGGCCAUGUGCUCAAGGGAUUAGCCACAAAGAUAGGAUCAUUCAACCUCACAUACACUUCGUACCUAGCUAGUAGUUUAGUACGAGUAUAUACGAUAGUAGGAUAUACUACCUCCGUUCUCUUUUAAAUGCAACGUUGGACUUUUUGCACUAUUCACAUGUUCUACUUUGACUACGUUUUAUUUAUUAAUGUAAUAAUAUAUAUUUUUGAAAAAAAUAUUGUUAAAUUUUUCUCAUUAUAAAUUUUCAGAAUCUAUUUUUUAAACGUUUUUUACUAAUCGGGAAUUAUAUAUAUUAAUGGUCAAAGUUGUGCCUCGACAAAUGUGAAAUGCUGACUGUUGCAUUUAUUUAAGAACGGAGAAAGUACCAAGUAAUAUAUACUCCGUACGUACGUAUGCUAAUGACUGCGUGUGCCAGCCUGCCCCUCACAUACUCCCUGCGUAUUCAGUAUUCUCCAUCAUAUCGAUCAGUUAGUUACUUUGUUAUAUUUACUUAUAUAUAAGCCUCUCACGACACAUACGUACGUACUCCCUACCGUAUAGAUACUACAUAUAUACUAUAUACGUAUAAAUCACAUAUCAUCCGCUUCCUAAAGGAUCCCUGAUAUAAUUAAUUAAGCUAUGGCGGAAAAGAAGAAUAUAGCUUCAGCAGCAUUGUUCUUCAUCUUCAUCAUUAUAUUCACAAAUGCACCCCAAACUCUAGCCCAAGGCCACAGCAAGUGCGGGACUGAAUCCGAUAACCCAUGCACCGACAAGUCCAAAGCCCUUGGCUUGAAAAUCAUAGCCCUCGUAUGCAUACUGUUCGCGAGCGUUAUCGGGGUUUGUCUCCCGCUCAUCACCAGCUCCGUCCCUGCCCUACACCCCGCGGGCGUCGUCUUCACCGUCGUUAAAUCGUUUGCUUCCGGGAUAAUUCUCGCCACUGGAUUCAUGCACGUCUUACCGGACUCUUUCCACAUGUUGCGGUCGAGUUGUCUCAGUGACAGCCCGUGGCAUCGGUUUCCAUUUAGCAGUUUUGUAGCCAUGUUAUCGGCCGUUGUUACCAUGGCCAUCGACUCCCUUGCCACGAGCAUGUAUAGGAAGAAGAACGCCGCCGAAUCUCCCCGGGACGCGGCCAGCCAAAAUGUGGAGAUGGGAUUUACCUCAGCUGACAAAGGAGUCCAAGUGGACACUCAAAUUUCACGUUCUAGAGUGAUUGCCAUGGUAUUAAUUAAUUAAUUACAUGCUAAUUAUAUUAAAUACUCCGUAUAUAAUUAAGUUGAUUAUUUUAUGUGAUGUGAUAUGAUCUUUUCGUUUAAUUUGGAAGUUGUUUUUUAUAAGGGAAAAGUACUCUAAUAUUACUAAAACUCAUGAGUUUUCGCCUUCUAAGAAUAUGACCAUAUAUGACCAAAUGGAACAUCGAUCACAUACAUGGCCGGCUGGAAUGAUGAAAAUAAAUAACCAAUAAUGACCUUAUGCAUAUACGAACUAAUUCCUUAUUUUUAGGAACAAUAAUUAAUGCAGCCUAAUGUAUGCUUUAAUUUCUCUUCAUCGUAAAUAAGGAUAUGCUGCAAAAGAAAGUAAUUAUUUGAAAAGCAAUGGCCGAUAGUUUAGGUAAUAAUAAAAUGAGCAUUAACAUAAGGCACUGAAUAACAUAGGCAGUAAAAACCUGUUAACAUACAUGUCCAUGCAUGGCACAUGCAUGUGUGCGCUGUACUCAUCCAAGCCGCAAGUAUAGGUUGACUGAAGACUUCCUGACUUCCCUUACUAUUCGGCCAUAUAUGUUGUUGUGUUUAUUAAUUAGAGUUUAUCUCUUAUUAUUAUUAUUAUCCCAUACGUAGCUUAUCAAGUACAUUUAUGUACGUUUCUAUACCGAUAGGAAUAGUCAGUUAGCAAUCUUUAUCUGUACAUUUUAUGAGGCCAACUCAAGUGUAUAUAUUCAUACGAAGGAAUGAAAUGAAGGAUACGUGGAAUUCCAAUUAAACCUUUCAAAAAAACAUAGGCAGUAAAAUAAUGAAAUAUUCAGUAAUAAAUGUUGACGUGUGAGCAUAGGCACUAAAUAGAGGACAAUAAAGAAAUGGGCAUUAACAUAAGACAAUGAAUAACAUAGACAGUAAAAUCCUUUUAAAAAAACAUAGGCAGUAAAAAUCAUGAAUUAUUUAGUAAUAAAUGUUGACGGGUGAGCAUAGGCACUAAAUAGAGGACAAAAAGAAAUGGGCAUUAACAUAAGACAGUAAAUAACACGAACAGUAAAAUAAUGAAUUAUUUUAUUCGUUAGUAAAUAUUUGCAUUCUAUAUAUGAUCCAUAAAUUAAAUAGACAGUAAAUAUAAAAAUAUAAUUAAUUGUUUAAGAGGGUAGUAAAUGUGUAUGAGGGCACUAUUGUUUGUAGUACGUAUAACAACAACAACAACAAUAACAUAAUUUUAAUUUAUAUAAUGGAAGCAAUGUCUCGGUAGUUACAUAAAGAAGUAGUUCCUUAUUUUUAGGAGUCUAAUUAAUAAAUAUACAUGCAUGCGGUGGAAGGCUAAUGGAGUCCUUAAUUUUAGGAGAAAUAACUACUUAUUCAUUAUUGUGCUGAGGACAUUGGUGGAAUAAAAAGAAAAUAAAGAAACGCGGACGACCAAGUACAUUAUGCAAGUAUCACAUUAGGGAAAAAAGUGAAGAAGUCAUAGAUUGGGAAUAUCAUGUUCUUUUAGUCAUAGGAGAGUUAAUUUUCUCAUUUUAUAAAUGUGUGAAAGGUAUUGGAGAUUGGGAUAAUAGUCCAUUCAGUGGUGAUUGGGCUUUCUCUAGGAGCUUCAAGUAACACUUGCAGCAUUCGGGGAUUAAUUGCUGCUCUCUGUUUUCAUCAAAUGUUUGAAGGAAUGGGACUUGGAGGCUGCAUUCUGCAGGCGCAAUACGGUUUGUUAAAGAAGGCGAGCAUGGCGUUUUUCUUCUCAGUGACAACGCCCUUGGGGAUAGCGGUGGGGAUAGGAUUAUCCAACACAUAUAAAGAGAGCAGUCCCCGUGCUCUUAUCACCGAAGGGUUGCUGAACGGAUCAUCCGCGGGCCUUCUCAUUUAUAUGGCUUUGGUAGAUCUUCUGGCUGCUGAUUUCAUGGGCCAAAAGCUACAAGGGAGCAUCAAGUUACAGAUGUAUUGUUUCAUGGCCGUGCUUUUGGGAUGUGGUGGGAUGUCUAUCUUGGCCAUGUGGGCUUAAUUAGCUAGUUAGGUUCAUGCCUGCAUGAUUGGUGAUCAUGAACUCUUUUAUUUAUGGUGUAGAAUUAUUUUAGUAAUAAAUAUAUACUUCCUAUUUAUUUAUUCAUUCCCAUUGAAUACAUAGU